GUCUACACCCGUGGUGCCAACCACUCCCUCGAAUUGACCUCGAGCCACUUCCACUCAUCAGCCAUGUCCUCCAUCUUCAAUGAUUUUGCUGAAGGCCAGAGAACCGGCUCUGGCCACCGCCUCGCAGCAGCUCUCACCCCCGUCGCACCCGCGGAGAACCCCGAUCGCUUGAAGGCGUUCUUCUACUUUUCCAAUGCCACGCGCGUGGCCUCUGACCUGCGCUACUCCCUCUUCCAGGCCACGGGCAUAAGACUACCCAAACAGGAAACGAAUGCGUGGAUUGAAAUCUUCACGCCAUAUUGGAAAGCCGUGGGGGAGAUUGUCCGGUUCGAUGACGCCCCCUCACACGCCAGCUGGGUGAAGGUCUUUGAUGCCUGGAAGGAAACAACAAACAUGCUGAUCCGGGGAUAUUCAACGGGGGGGCUUCCAGCCUGGACGGUGCCGUGUCUAUAUGUUGUUGGGAGAUAUCUACGGGCCUUUGCCAUGAAGGCGGAUGCCGAGCUUUCUUCCCAAGACUCCGCCGCUUUUGGGGAUCGUUUCCAAGAUGACGCUUCCACGGAUUUCAGGAAUGCCAAGCUGGAGGAGGCUACACGGGUCAUAAACCGGAUGUUCACAUUGUGCCUCAGUGACAGGGCCUCAAUCGAGGAAUCGCGGAAGUGGGGAAUCUACGACACCACUAACCUGCUGUUCAAGUCAUACUUCAAGCUCAACUCUGUUGGUCUUUCUAAGAACCUGCUGCGCGCCCUCAAUGCCUCAUCUGCCGACCUCCCGAGUAUGGACGCUUUCCCAAAGUCGCAUAUUGUUACCUUCAAAUACUACAUCGGCGUUAUACAUUUCUUGGAUGAGAACUAUGCUGAGGCAGAGGAGCAUCUGUCUUAUGCGUGGAACAUGUGCCACCAGGCUGCAACCAAGAACAAAGAGCUAAUUCUCUCUUACCUCGUACCCUGCCACCUCGUUACGACGCACACGCUACCCAGCAAAGAGCUUCUUGCUUCGUUUCCUCGCUUGGAAAAGCUGUUCCGCCCAUUGUGCAACUGUAUCAGAAAGGGAGACCUUAGCGGGUUCGACACUGCGAUGACAGCCGCCGAGGAGGAGUUCGUCAAGAGGCGCAUAUACCUACCGCUGGAGAGAGGACGUGAUAUAGCCCUGAGGAACCUCUUCAGGAAGGUCUUCAUUGCCGGUGGAUUCGACGAACCCAAGGAAGGACAGCCUCUGAUUCGGCGCACACGGGUUCCCGUUGCCGAGUUUGCAGCGGCGUUAAGGGUCGGUACACACGCGGAAGAGGGAUCGCGGGUGGACAUUGACGAAGUUGAGUGUCUACUAGCGAAUCUGAUCUACAAGGGGCUGAUGAAAGGAUACAUUGCACGUGAACGCGGCAUGGUUGUGUUGAGUAAGGGUGGCACCGCUUUUCCAGGAACAGGUGUUUAAGCAUGGUACCCAGCUCUUAAAUCUCUGAUCUAAACAGCUGUCCUGAACAAGCCCGUUUAUCGCAGUGGUCUAUUUUCGAUAAACCAGCACUCAUGCGGCAGGUAUUGUGUGCUAGGAACUGGCCAUUGCAUUGCCGUACAUGAUCUGCAGCUCUCAGCUUGCGCUCCCAGCAUGGCAACGUCCCUUCCGAUGACCCCCGUACAACAGAUCUAGCCUUGACGGCUGUCUGCUACCCUCAGCUCUUAUACAUUCACAGCGAUGCAGAGACAUACUAUCCUGCACCGAAGACGGGUCGAGUGCAACAUCCCCCCUUUUAGACAUCAAGAUAGCCUGCUAUGAUAGACCAAUAAUCAACGUAUGAUUC